GUUUACAGAAGGUAUAAGCAGUACUAUCAACAGCUACAAGCAGUUGUGGCAUCUUUUGAAUCUGUUCCUGGACUUGGGAAUGCCGCACCAUUUGCAAAACUGUCUCUAAAAGCUUUGUCCAAACACUUUAGGUGCCUUAAAAAUGCCAUCACUGACCAACUGCAGUACACAGGCAAAUCUCCAAAUUGCGAAAGUGAUAAUUCAAUCCCGAGAGCUGGAAAUCCUGCAGGGAAAGACAUUUAUUUCCAAAGACAAGCAAUUCAUAAUGCUGGAUUUGUUGACCAUCAGCCUGUUUGGCGACCACAAAGAGGGCUACCGGAGCGUGCAGUAAUUGUUCUCCGGGCAUGGUUGUUUGACCAUUUUUUGCACCCUUAUCCCACAGACUCUGACAAAGUAAUGUUGGCGAAACAGACUGGUCUUUCAAGGAAUCAGGUUUCUAACUGGUUCAUCAAUGCGAGAGUUAGACUAUGGAAGCCUAUGGUAGAAGAGAUACACAAUCUUGAAACUCGGCAAGCUCAGAAAGCAGCUUCACAAAGAGAGGGACAAAACAAAAACAAUCCCAUCGAACAUUUUCCAACGAGUAAUUCACUUCCAUCUGAACAUCCAUCUACGUCUUCACAACAAUUUCAUGAUGUUCCAUCAAAGCGAACACGAAAUAAUGAUCCAAGUGAAACUCAUUUAGGAGGUGAUGAUCAGGAGACGAUGAAUUUAUCGUAUGACAAUUUUUCGCCUCAUUCUCAUGUGGGAAUUGAUCAAAUGAGUGCAUCAGCUGGAAAUGGUGGCGUGUCGUUAACAUUGGGACUUCAUCAGAACAAUAAUGUAAGUAUUGGUUUAUCAGGUUCCUUCCCAAGAAAUGCAGCUCGGCGUUUUGGUAUCGAUGCAAAUAACGAAGGAUUCAUGUUUGGUGGAUUUGAAACACAAAAUCGUCAGUUAGGAAGAGAUAAUAAUAUUAUUGGAGGGCAGCUGCUUCAUGAUUUUGUUGGUUAAAAAAUAUUUUCCUGCUUCUUCAUUUAUAGAAUGUUAGAAAGAAUUCACUACUCCAUACUAUCUUUGGAUAACAAAUUAUUGGUAAAACCAUCUUUUUUACACAGUAAUCUUAGUAGGUUUCUCAUCAGCACUACUUGUAUGGUUCUUAAAGAUUUUGUUUCCUUAGACCAAUAUUUUGCGACUGUUUCUUGGUUCA